AACAGAUUCUCUCGCAUUGGGCGAAUGCGUACGUUAGACUAUUCUUCUACCUUGCUCCGCUCGCGUCUUCCUAUCGACCUCUUCUUUUCCUGCUCUUCUUCUUUCACCCCCCUCUUCCUCUCCUCGUACUUCCUUUUGUCCUCCUCGAUCUCCCCUCUUUUUGGUGGUUGUUGUGGAAUUAGUGCGAGAAACGUACGAAUAGGGUUUUCAAGGAAAGAGGGUCGGUGCCGGAAGGAGAAGCAGCCGCGAUUCGGUCCCUGGAACACAUGCUAUGAGAAAAGGAGAGAGAUUUCUUUGGAUGUUAUGCUCUCUCUAGGCGCUGCUGCUUUCUUGUUUUUAGAUUCUCGCUGAGCGCGGUUUGGACAUGGCCGGAGGCAACGAGAUUAACGCCAAUGAGUCCAAGAUGGCGGUUCCCCUCAACACCUGGGUCCUCAUCUCCAACUUCAAGCUGGCCUACAACCUGCUGCGUCGCCCGGACGGCACCUUCGACCGCCACCUCGCCGAGUUCCUCGACCGAAAGGUCCCUGCCAAUGUCACCCCCGUCAACGGAAUCAUCUCCUUCGACGUCCUCAUCGACCGCCCUAACAAUCUGGUCGCUCGCAUCUACCGCCCCGCUCCCGCCACGGCGGCAGGCUCCAUCCCUAUCUUCACCGACCUCUACCAGCCGCCUUCAUACGAUACGUUUCCGGUCAUCAUAUUCUUCCACGGCGGAAGCUUCGCGCACUCCUCGUCCAACAGCGCCAUCUACGACUCCCUCUGCCGCCGGUUCGUCUCCCUCUGCGACGCCGUAGUCAUCUCGGUCAAUUACCGGCGGGCACCGGAGUACAAGUAUCCCUGCGCAUACGACGACGGGUGGGCGGUUCUCAAGUGGGCGAGCGCAGAGCCAUGGCUUCGCAGCGGGAAAGAGGGCAAGCUUCGAGUGUUCCUCGCAGGGGACAGCUCCGGGGGUAACAUCGCCCAUCACGUGGCCGUAAGGGCGGCGGAGUCUGGAAUCGAAAUCGCCGGCAACAUCCUCCUGAAUUCCAUGUUCGGCGGCAACCGCAGGACAGAAUCCGAGCAGAGGUUGGACGGCAAAUACUUCGUCACCAUUCAAGACAGGGAUUGGUAUUGGAAAGCAUUUCUCCCUGAGGGGGCAGACAGAGAUCACCCUGCUUGCAAUCCCUUCGGUCCCAAUGGCGUCCGGCUCGAAGGGCUUCCUUUCCCCAAAAGCCUCGUCAUAGUUGCAGGGUUGGAUCUCGUCCAGGACUGGCAGUUGGCCUACGCCGAAGGCUUGAAGACGGCCGGACACUUUGUGAAGGUCGUCUACCGCGAGCAGGCCACCAUUGGAUUCUACUUGUUGCCCAACACCAACCAUUUUUACGAAGUCAUGGAGGAGAUCAAGGAGUUCGUCCGUUUUAACCUGUAGUCGACACACUGAUACACAGAUUGAUGUAUAUCAAAAGCAUGACUAAAUACUGUUCUUCACGGCGGUGCUACUUGUGCUUCAUCAUUUUUUUUUCUGGGUUGAUUCAGAUUUGUGAUGCUCCGGGAACUGUUCUAUUGAAUCUGAUGCCUGAUUACAGUAGCAUGGCUAAACACUCGAGCUCUUAAUCUUGACUAAUACUAACUCAUCAUGUUCUUCGCCUUC